AUGGUACUAAAAAUUUAUUACUACCUAUUUUUGCUGUAUUUAAAUACAAGUGGUGCAUUUGAUGCUGGGUUAUUAGAACUUCGCCCAUUUCGUGACACAAAAGAAGAAGAUACAACUCAUUAUGAAAUAACUGUUUGUGCUGUAUGUCGUGUUACUAUUGAUUAUUUAAAACAAGUUUAUAAGACGAAUACACAAGCAUUAGAAGCAAAAUUUAACGAAACCAACGGUCAAUGUAAUGGUAAAAUUAUUAAUGAAAUUGUGGCUAUUUUAUCUGGACAAAGUGGUGUGAAUCCAUUUCAAUUUGCUGCGAUAGUAAGAUAUAUCGCAUCGUCUAAUACAAAAACGGAUUUAAAAGAACCAUUUAGUGAGAAAAGUCAUUUUGAUAGCGAAGCUAUACUGGAGGGUUCAGAUGUGAUAUUAAAACGAUACACUGCAGCAAUAAAUAGUAUACAAAAGGGUGGUGAUCAUGACGAAGCACGUCGAACAUUUGGUGCAAUGUUACAUACGCUACAAGAUUUCUAUAGUCAUACAAACUAUAUUGAAUUAGAAUAUACUAAACCCAGCCCAGUGCUAGGUCGAAGACAUUUUAAUAAAGAUGAAUAUGCGUCGAAAGAUAGACGAACGUGUGUUGAUUGUACCGGUGAUCAGUGUCGUUCGAAUCUUGAUGAAUAUAUUAUUCAGAAAAAACUGCUAACAAGUGGCUAUUUCGUACCAGUUGUGCUUAAUCUUAUAUCAAAGAAGAAACCCAAAGGUAAAUGUUCUCACGGUGGUUUCGUUGAUUCAACUAUAAAUGAUGAUGCAAAAGGUGGAAUUAAUAAAGACAAGAUAAGCUCAGUACAUGGUUUUUUGCAUCAUAAAGCAGCCAAUAUGGCUUACCAAGCUACUGUCGAAAUAUUAAAAAAUUUUUGGAAUGAUAUCAAGGAUGAAGAUUUUGGAAUAUUUCUUAGUUUGAAAAAGAAUUUGAAUAGCUUGAUGAUAUCAAUUGAUACUGCGUGUAGUAUGGCGGAAUAUGUGGAAUUGGCAAAACAAAUAUCGGUGGGCAUUGUUGAUCAAUAUAAAAGUGUUGAAUAUGCACCACAUAAUUACAUAUUAACUUCAUUUAACAGUGAAUCAGCAAAACUCGUGGUGAAUACCAAAACACCUAGUGAAUUAACAUCCGCUAUUCAACGAUUGAAUUCAUGUGAAAAGACGAAAAACUCGUCAGGAGAAAUGUAUUAUCACGCUCUUGUUGAAGGUUUGAAAGUUUGUGAAUACGGAUCUGUCGUCUACACUUUUACAGAUUCUCCAGCGAAAGACGCCUAUCUAAAACAUCAGGCUCUAGCUUUGAUACGUACUAAAAAAAUUGUAGUCUAUUCAUUCAUUGGGCGGGAAACGAAAACACGAGCCUUAUUAGAACCAAAACUUUAUGAUGAUGUUAUUGAUCCACUCGAUGGCAGCGACGAUGAUACAGAUCUUGCGACUAUUAGUGGAGGACUGACGUUUCCAAUCACUGUGAACGAUACAUCAGCUAUAUCCCAAUUUGUUCUCCGACGUUUGGAAUGGACAAUGUUACAACCAAUUUUACUGUUAAAAUCAAAUGGAACAUCCAUCUCAUUUGAUGUUGAUUCGUCGAUUACAGAGCUUCAGAUUGAUAUAACAUCAAUAGGUGAAAUCAAUACUGUCAGUAAAGUAGAGUUGAAAAUGCCAAAUAACAGUUUAUAUCCUCUACAAGAAAAUUCGGAAAAAACCAAACAUCUUCAUAUGUGGAAACUAGUGAAACCAGCCAUAGGCACAUGGCGCUUAACAACUGAGAAAUUUUCUCAACUCGCACAUGAUAUACAAAUUCAAGGUAAAACGAAUCUGACUUGUUCAUCAACAUUACAAAGAGCAACGAUGGAAGGUGUGGAUAGUAGUGGUUCUACGCAGCUGACCACUGAACCGAUCAUUAAGUCUAAUUUAACCAUACUAACAACGUGUGACAACUUGAAUCUUGCUACAGUUAAAUUCAUUCAAAUAAUGAUUAUUGAUCAAUCCGGUAGCCUACUAUUAAACCUGACUCCACAUCAACAAGAUGAGGUUGGGUCGUUAACGAAUAUUAUAGUUCCGAAUCAAAAAUUUCGUAUUGUUACCAUAAUUACUCUACAAAAUGGUAAUAAAAUACAGCGGAUAGAAAAGCAAUUGAUAUCACCGACAACAAUAUCAAUUGAACUAACGAAUCAACCAUUUUUUUUGACAAUAAAAGAAUCAAUUGAACUGAAUUAUACGAUAAAAAGUUAUAUAAACGAACAAGUGACUGUUCGUCUACACAUAAUUGAUACUUUAAAAUUAUUAGGUGACAUAGGUAUUGAAAAAAAUUUAACAUUUGUUAAUGAGACUAGAGGCAUACAAAUGAAAACAACGAUCAAAUCAGACAAUAUUGAAAAAUUAGUAAAUGCAAGUUUAACAUCAGUAAAUAUGAUGGAAGUUAAUGUACAGAAAUUAUUGAAAACAUUAUACUCAAGUUUUGCAAAUCAUGAUUUGUAA